AUGCAGUCUAGCAUUGCAGCCGACAGACUUCGUGAGCGUCAGCGAGAAAAUCUUGCCGCUCGAGUCAGCAACAGUACAAAUGUUGUGCUCGAACUAGACAAUGUGAAUGGAAAAACGCUGGCUGUAUGGUCUUGGCCAGUCAAUGACGACGGAGCACGUGUCGUGCCUUCCGACCUCGUAGCAUAUCGAAAAUCUCAUCGAUUCCGAGGACCGCACUGUCUAUGUGCAUUCAUGGACGACCACAACCCAAGCGACCACCAUGAGGCAGCAAUAGUGAUGUUAAAACGAGGACCACGUACAGGAGAGUACGUAGCCUGCUGUGCCUCGAGCAAAUGUGGAUAUGUCGCUUUCAUCGAACAAACAUUCAGUUCACGCGAGUUGCCUGUGAAGCGUUACUCAAGACGAAACCCUGACGAGGCCAGGCCACAUGAUAUUAUGUUUCUUGAUGGAGAAGAUAUCAAACUAGAAUUCAUUCAGGAACAUCAGCGUCAACGGAAUAAAACUCAAGACGCAUUCAACAGGCUUCUGAAAUUAGACUCUUUCACUCAGCCGGGUCUCACAGAAGCUGAAUUCCGAGAACAUUUGAGCGUCACCAUUGCACAGGAGAGGCUGGGCGAAGAGAUCACAGAACAGAGGUCAUUGAUCUGA